AUGACGAAAGAACACAAACGCACGGUGCACCUUGACUCCACAAGCGGUAGAAAGACAGGACUGCUGCCUCCACCGGCGUUCUCCAUGAAUAGACACCGAAUCGAGGACCUUGGUUGGUCAUCAGUUAUGCUGCCGAGCCGACAACUAUUGCCUACCAAGCCGGACAAUCUCGUCUGUUCAACUGUGCUGAACUUUGAAGCUGUUGACUCUGGCUUGAGUAAUAUUGAAUUGUCCUUCCAGCUUUUCAUAUUCUGGCGCGGCAUUUACUAG